GCGCUCUACGCCGCACUCUUCCUCUUCGCCUACCUGCAGCUCUGGCUGCUGCUCUACUACCGCGAGCGGCGGCUGAGUUACCACACGCUCUGCCUCUUCCUCUGCCUGCUCUGGGCAGCCCUCAGGACCACCCUGUUCUCCUUCUACCUGCAGAAUUCCCUGCAGGCCCUCCGCCUCCAGCAACCCUUCGCCCACUGGCUCCUGUACUGCCUGCCCGGCUGCCUCCUCUUCUCCAGCCUCUGCCUCCUCAACCUCUAUUUCGCCGAGGUCAUCUUCAAAGUGAAAUGUGCAGCUGAAUUCAACAAGUACAAGGUCCUGCUGUACCUGGGCUCCAUCCUCACCAGCCUCCUGUUCCUGGUUGUGAAUUUAACCUGUGCAAUGCUGAUCCAUGGAGAGGUCGCAGAGAAGCAGCUCAGGUGGACAGUCCUGGCCCGGGCUCUGGUCAACGACAGCCUCUUCAUCCUCUGUGCCAUCUCCCUGGCCUGCUGCAUGUGCAAACUGGGAAAGAUGUCUUCAGCCAAUGUCUACCUCGAGUCCAAGGGAACAUCUGUCUGCCAGGCUAUUCUGGUGGGAUCUGUAGUGGCCCUCCUGUAUUCCUCAAGGGCUUGCUAUAACCUGGUAGCUGUGGCCAUAUCUCCAGACAAUGUUCCUGGUCCUUUUAACUAUGGCUGGGACAACCUUUCAGACAAGGUGCACGUGGAGGUGAGCAGUGAGGAGUACGUGGUGUUUGGAGUGGUCCUGUUCCUCUGGGAGCUGGUGCCAACCACGUUCGUGGUGCUGUUCUUCCGCGCUCAGAGACUGAGCCAGAACCUGACUCCAGCAGGGAUGGUCAACAGCCACAGCUACAGCUCCAGGGCCUAUUUCUUUGACAAUCCCAGGCGCUACGACAGCGACGAUGACCUGUCACGGCUCGGGGCCAGGGAAGGAGGGUAAGGAAGGGUUGUGCUGCUGCUCUGCUGCCCUCUGGGGCAGCACCAGAGCUCCUGGCUUCUGCUCCCAGGAAAAUCUUUGGUGGAAAAGGCAGCUUGGGUGAGGUAGAUGGGGCAGGGAGCCUCUGACAGAGCUUUUGUUCCCUUGUGCAGCUCACAAGGAGUUGCUUUUAUUGGGCAGAAGUGAGCAGCUCAGAGAGGUGGAUGGUGCUCACAGGUGGUGAUGCAAACAGGAGAACCUCAUCCAGGAGGGGUGGGAUCCAUUUCAGAGGGCUCUGGAAUGAUCUCCAGAGGGGUUUCUCCACUGGGGAGUGAGAGCUGGUGAAGUUCUGGAAGGGAGCUGGGACAAAGCUCUGCAGGAAGUGCUGAUGUGGGGGACAAUGGUCAGGGAUCCCCAGCAGAACUCUUGCAAGGCAUCCUGGCAGCCCUGUCACCUGUCUCCAUGGAAUGGUUGGGGCUGGAAGGGACCUUAAAGCUCCUCUUGUUCCACCCCCUGCCAUGGGCAGGGACACCUUCCAUGAUCCCAGGGUGAUCCAAGUCUAUCCAGCCUGGCUGAAACACUUUCCUUCCUUUCCACUUCACUUCCUAGUCCCUCACUGUUGGAGUAAAUCAGCUGAGACUCCAUCUCCUUCAUGCAGAAAGCAAAUUCUUUAUUCACAAAGCUGAUGUUUGUAGGAAAUAUCAGCUCUGUAUUAAACCCA